CAAACAGUCGUGCUCAGUCAUUACGACCAACAUGGAGUAUCCAUACAGGGCGAUUGUCAGGGGCGAAUGGUUGCCCGACCACCGUAAAGUGAUUAGGCAGAAACUUCAGAAGUAUUUUCAAAGUAAGAAGAAAUCAGGUGGGAGUGAUUGCGACGUUGUGGAAUACGACGAUAAAAGUGACACGGCUGUCAUUGGCUUCAAACAGGAGGACGUUCUAGAACGAGUUCUACUUCGCACCACCCACGAAAUUACCAUCGACAACAAGCAGAUUAAAGUGUUCAUCGAAAAGGAAAGUAAAGUGGAGGAAACCGGAACUUCAUCAGUGGACAAUCAAACUCCAGAUGAGAAGGCAUCUCAGCCCCAACUUCAAGAUCAGCAACAUGAGGCCAUCAGUGCUGCCACUUCCGCCAGUACACAGGAAGAGAGAACUGAGGAUCAGAGAACUGAGGAUGACUAUCAGCCUAAAGCUGUUGUUGUGGAGAACAUCGCAGACAACAUGACCAGAGAUCUCCUGGGGUUGAUAGUGGAGAACAUCAGUGGUGUUGGCCAGGAGGCCUACACUAUGGAGCUGAUCUAUGAUGUCUGUGUCGCUGUUGUUACGUUCAUUAACAGUGAUGAUGCAAAGAAGUUUCAGGCAGAGGCCAAGCGCAACAAGAGGUUUCAGGACUACAGUCUUUCUGCCCGGUUCCUGGAGAGAACGUGCUGCUUGAGGAUAGACGACCUGCCACCUCACGCUAACGAGGAACUGCUGGUUCUCUACUGUGAGAACAAGAAAGUUGAUGUACAGAAUGUCUAUGUGAUGCCAGAAGAGAACGCAGCUAUUGUCACAUUCCAAAAGCCUGAAGACGCAGAGAUCAUGUUAAGCACACGCCAGCAGAUUGGCAAAUUUCAAGUCCGCCUGCAUCCAUACUACCAGUCCCUUGGCUCUUCACUAUGUGGCAAAGACCGGCCAAAGCUCAAGAUUCCUGACUCUUUCAGUGAAGCUCUCAACCCAGCCCUGGUAGAGUUUCUCCUGAAGAAGAACUUGACCUCUCGUAUCAAUGACCAGAUGCUGCCACACUUCUGCCAGGUGAGCAUUCAGGACUCCACCGUCAUCCUCAGCCCCCUCCCCACCCUGCUGAAGAAGAAGGGCAUCACAGCCAAAUACAUAGAUGACUGGAAGGAAAACACCUCAGUUGCAUUCCAUCAAGCCAUGUCCAAAUAUGCUACACUCGAGAUGGCAAUUAAUGUUGAUGUUUGUGGUCCAGUACAGAAACAGUUGCAACCAAAGUUUCAGGACCAUGUUGUCAUAAAGAUGGAUUCCGUGAAAGGACAGUUAACACUAGCAGGGAUGUCAAAAGACAUAGAAAAUCUGAGACCCAUUGUGAACAACAUUGUACAGAAGGAAACAGGCCAACUUGAGUUUGAAAGAAACAGCAUAACGGAGCAAAUGGAUCUGCCUCCUACCAUCUUCAAACUUUUGCAGUUUGAUGGUCUCUCACAGUACAUUUCAACCUCUGCCCCACAAAUAUCUCAGAGCUACCAAUCCAAAAUAAAGAAACUAGUCCUCUCUGGUUUGAAGUCUGAGGUUCUGUCUGUCAAAAACUGGAUCCUUGAAAAGAAAUUGCAAAUGAUUGAAAGGAGAGUGGACCUAGAUCGUCACAUAGUAGAGUUCCUGAGAGGAGUGGACAGUGAAGUGAUGUCAGAGCACCUCUUCUUGUCACGUGGAAUCCAUGCCAUAUAUGUGAUUAAGGACGAAGCUGUGUUUCUGACUGCAAACAUGGAAAAAUCCAUUCAAGAGUCAACUCAGAAGAUGAAGGAGACCCUUGCUUACAAGGUCCUGGCUGUAGAAGAUCAAGAGGUACUGAGAAAAUCAGAGUGGAAAACUCUGAAAGCAGAACUUUUGAGUAUGUACAAUGUAUCAGGUCAGAUCCCAGCUUUGACAUUAAAUUCAAACAACCCAGGCAGUUUUAAUGUGGCUGGUUUUCUUGAACCGGUGAACGAAGCCAGUCUUAACCUUGAUGAGUUUCUGAAAAACUAUGCAAGAGUUGAGGACACAGUUAAGGUGAGAUGCUGUGCUGCUGCAAGAUUCAUUGAAGAGCACAAGUCAGAUGAGUGGAAGAAAUUUGCAAAAGCUGGUCAGGUAGUGGUUAAGUUCUAUCCAAACAGACCUCGAUUCAGGCUGUCAGGAGAGCGCCUUUACGUUAAACCUGCCGUGGAUGAGUUCAAGAAGAUGGCAACCAGCCUAUUCACAGAUGAACUGAAAGUCUCUAAGCCUGGUGCAAAGAAGUACUUCCAGGAACAAGGCCAAAUGCUCCUAUCAGUGAUGUUAAGGGAUCACCGCGUUGUAGUUCUGCUUCAGGACGAGAGCAUGCUGGAAGAUGUGGACGAUGAGGAAGAUGAAAGAAGAGAUCGGAAAAUCUCAAGCUCUGGUACCUGUGAAGUGAAAAUGCCUUGUGGGGUCCUCAUUGCCGUCAGCAAAUCAGACAUCUGCAAGUUCCAGGCAGAUGCUGUUGUGAACGCUGCCAAUGAAGAUCUGAAGCACAUCGGGGGUUUGGCACUAGCUCUUCUAAAUGCUGCUGGCCAGCUGCUUCAGAGUGACUGUGACAGAUACACCUCCAAACAUAGAUCACUGCGCCCAGGAGAAUCCAUUAUCACGGGGGGUGGGCGUCUGCCCUGCAAGCAUGUUGUCCAUGCGGUCGGUCCCCGUUUUUCUGACACUGACAGAAAGACUGCAGUGCACCGUCUAAAACGUGCCAUCCAUUCAAGCCUGGAAAGAGCCUCUGAAGCGCAUUGCUCUUCCAUCGCAAUACCAGCCAUCAGCUCUGGAAUUUUUGGAUUCCCGCUUGAUCUGUGUGCCAACACCAUUGCCAGUGCUGUGCGUGAAUACUUCGAAACAGGACCUGGCCAAACCAGGACCUCCCUCAUCAAGAUCUUCCUGGUCAACAAUGAUGACAAGACGGUAAAUGCGAUGGUUCAUGCUGUUGAGACCGUAUUUCGUGACAUGAAUCCAAGGUCUGAAUCUUCACAGCAGGCUCUGCCUAGAAAACGUGUGCACAGUGGCAGUGUAGGCAAUCAGUGGGAAGAACAUGUAGGAGCUAGUGGAGGGCAGUACAGACCACCUAGUGAAUUCAAUUAUAACAAAUACAACCAUCAAGAAAGCCAGUGGCAGGGCCCAUCCACACGGUCCUCGUCCAAAAGGGGGCCCUCACAACCAAACCGGCAUGGAGUUCUGGACAGUAAACAAACACCCCAGGGAGUCAGAAUAGUCCUGAAGGAGGGGAAUAUCCAAGAUGCUUCUACGGAUGUUGUGGUGAACACAGUUGCAGAAAACGUGGAUCUAAGCCAAGGAGCCGUCUCCAAAGCCCUUCUGCAGGCGGCUGGACAGAGGCUUCAGUCAGCAGCCAAUGACCUGGUCAGAGGAGGUCGCGUGAAGCCUGGAGAGAUGGUGGUGACGGAUGGAUUUGGACUGAAAUGCAAGAAAGUCUUCCACACAGUCUGCCCUCCUUGGGACCAGAGAGGUGGCACAUCUGAAAAGAUAUUGCAGAAAAUGGUUAAAGACUGCCUGCAAGAGGUAGACCAGCAAGGACUGACCUCAGUUACAUUUCCUGCCAUUGGCACCGGGAAUCUCGGGUUUCCCAAAGACCUGGUGCCAAGGAUCAUGUUGGAGGAAACAGAAACGUCCUGCCGUAAAGCUCAUUUUCAGCACCUAAAGGAAGUGGUCAUCAUAGUACAUCCAUCUGACAAGGAGAGUGUGGACUGCUUCAAGAGGGCGUUCCGAGGAGAAAAUCAAAAGGAAAACAAAGGCCAACCUCAUGGCAUCAACACAAGAAUGGGACAUGGUGGCCCACACAAACCGAAACCACAGAACCCAUCGGGACUCUGGGAUAAGGUGCAGAAUGUGUCUUUGGGGAAACACACUGUCCGCAUUGGUCACCUGACUCUGGAGCUGUCAUCUGGUGACAUCACAAGAGAGACUACUGAUGUCAUCGUCAACUCCUCCAACAGCACAUUCUCCUUGAAGUCGGGAGUAUCCAUGGCCAUCCUUGGGGCUGCUGGAUCAGCUGUAGAGGCAGAAUGUUCAGAGAUUGUGAGCUCUCCCAAUUACCAGCAAACGGAGAUGAUCUUGACAUUCCCUGGCAAUCUUCUGUGUAAACAUAUUUUACAUAUUGUGGGAAGAAAUAACCCCAACGACAUCAAAGAGGGUGUCCAAAAUGUUCUUACAUUUUGCGAGAAAAGAAGGUUUUCCUCAGUUUCCUUUCCAGCUCUGGGCACAGGUCAAGGUGGAGCCAAUGCAUCUGCAGUGGCUGAGGCAAUGAUUGAAGCCGUUGUCAGCUUCGUCAAGAAGACCAAAUAUCAAAAUAUCAAACUUGUGAAGAUACUCAUCUUUCAGCCCAACAUGCUCACAGUGUUCCACCAGAGCUUAAUGGCACGGCAGGCUAAAGGAGGUGAAGACGACAAGGGCUUGUGGGACAAAAUUAAGGGUACUGUUACAGGCUGGUUUUCCUCUGCUGGCCCCGAAGACGUGAGACCUGACGAUGAGGAGUUUGUCAUGGUGGGUGAAGAGUUUGCUCCUGCCAUAUUCCAGCUCUGUGGGCAGACUUCCCAGGACGUCAGCAAAGCCAAAGAUGUCAUCACGGGCUUGAUCAUGAAAGAGCAGUUUUCCACCCAAGUACAGGACACUCUGAUCAGCCGCUUCACCCCAGAGGAUUCUGACUUGCUGCAGAAACUGCAGAGGGAGAUGACAGUCAGCAUCAGGCUAGAUAAGACAGGAAGUGAGCCGGUUAUCCACCUAGAGGGCCUGACACGAGAUGUGGUCGUGGUUGAGAAAAGAAUUUCAGAUAUGAUUCGGAGGGUGGAGAGGAAGGACAGAGAGAGAAAGGAUGCCUACAUGAUCAGCACUGUUAUAGAGUGGCAGUUUCUGGAUAGGAGCAAUAAUAUUGUGCCUUUUAACAUGUAUGAUAACAUGACACUAGAACAGGCCUUCAAGGAGAAACGCCGUAGAGUGAACAUCAAGAUCGGCAGACAUGACUAUGAAGUGGACUUAUCAAGCAAAAUAGCUUCAAGACCUGGAGGGAGUGAUAUCGAACUGAUACGAGUUGACAGAAAAGAUCAGUCAUCUGUGAACCUACCCAGUCAUUGGGAUGACAUGAAGGGCAAGAUUGUUGUUCAAAUCCCUCUCCCCACAACCAGUAGUGAAUACAGCGAGGUUGAGAAGGAGUUCAGGAAAACUGGAUUAAACUCCGCAAUCAUUCAGAUUGAAAGAGUGCAAAACAGCUCACUUUGGAAGAACUACAUGAUUAAAAAAGAUGAGUUUGACCAGAAGAACAAGCACACAAACAACGAGAAGAGGCUUUUCCAUGGCACAACGGCUAAUACCAUAGACAAAAUCAACAAUCAUGGGUUUAACCGCAGCUAUGCUGGAAGUCAAGUUGGUGCAAUGUAUGGCAAGGGCUCCUAUUUUGCCGUUGAUCCACAGUACUCAGCUAGUGGCUACUCUAAACCUGAUGCCAGUGGACACAAGCGCAUGUACUGGGCUAGAGUUCUGGUGGGAGACUACACUCAAGGAGCAGGUGGUAUGAUUGGCCCUCCAGCCAAGAAUACAGGAAAUGCUGCUGAUACAUACGACAGCGUGACGGACAACACCACAAACCCCAAAAUGUUUGUAGUUUUUAAUGAUGUCCAGGCCUACCCCGAGUACAUUAUCACUUUUACUUGAGAUGCACUGAUACGUAAAUUGCACUGUUGUUAUUCCAUACAACCCUGAAUGAGCACAUAAGUACAUUUAAUCUGCCACAGAUAGAGAUUUAUCCAUAGAAACAAUUAAUCAUAAUAGCACUGGUGAGGAAUUUAUUUUAAUAAGUGAGUGGUGGGGAAUUUAUUUUAAUAUGUGGGUGGUAGCUUUUUUAACUACCUUUUUCAUUUUUUUUCUUUAAUAUGCUGAACGUAAUGCAGACAUUUGAUUUACUGCACUGGUUUUGGUCUACGUUCUGAAGUUUGAUACUAUGCAGCCAGAAGGACUCCUUAAGUGUUCAUUUAUUUGAAAAGGAUCAUACAGAAAGCAUGGUAGGGGACUAUUGUAGUGUUUAGCUUUGGCUUCACACACAAUUAGAAUUUUAUGGCACUGUGUUAAGAGCUGAUAUGUUUUAAUAGAAACAUACAGUUGAGGCCAAAUCAUGUCACUACAGUACAUACCACAUGAUCAAUGUACUAUGCUACAUUGGGUUUAAUAUUUGUGUCCAUGUAUACUUUGGAGGGCUUUACACACACAUCUACAUCUGCCGUACUUUCUGUUGAAGUAUCUAUUAAUCUUUCAUAACAACUCAUUAACUCAAAACAUAUUUGUUUUAAUCAUUUGUAUGGGAAUUACAGUUUAACUGUUAACUUUAAGUGGCACAUGUGAAUGUCAAAUUUAUUCUGUUAUAUACAGUACAUUUAUCAGUGAACAAGGUGUAUAAAUUGGUCAUGAGAAACUAACUGUAUUGUGGUAAAAUGCGCAGUUCAUCAUUAGAGAUUAGAGAGAUUUCUGAAGUGGAACAGGUAAUAUGCUGUUGGCCCUGAUUACAUAUUUAAUAAAAUAUAAUCUGAAAUUGAGAUUGUGUUAAAGACUUUCCCAUUAUUGUCAUUGCCUGAUAAACAACACAGUUCACAAUUCCUUGCAGACAUACGGUAAUUUUGUUGGUUGCUCUCUCUCUCUCUCAAUCCUUGUCAUGGCCCUCUCUGUGCUCGAUAUAUCGUAAAAAAAAAAAAAUCAUGCCCUUGGUUCACACCUACUUGACUCACUUUGUUAUGAGAGACGAUUUUUCUCAGUUUUUUUUUCACUUCUUUUUUCUCCAAAAUGAUACGCAUCACACUGCAAUUUCCCUCUGCUCCCGUAAAAUAUUUGUUGAGAUAGGUUUUCUAAUGAAUAAUUUGUGAAAUAUCAAGAUCAAUAGUAAUGUUAUAUCACAUCAUACUCAACUGUUAUUCAAUGUGUGAAAAAUAUGAAUAUAUAAAGUAAGGCUGUAGAUAACUAACCCUAAUCAGAGAUGUAUAAAAUAACUAUCUAAUUGGCCUGUAUAUGCUAUAUCAAGAUGUAAUUAAAUUGUGAGUUGAGAUUUGA